GACGGGGAGCGAGGAUCGGCAGAACACCGGAAGAGGAAAGACAGCUGGACUUUCUGAUGAAAUCUCACACCGGGGCGACGGAGGCACACACGGAGAUACACACGGAGAUACGAACACUCUCGGCGGAUAUUUAACAGCGUUAUCUUCGGAAAUAAACCCCCCACCACCGACGGAGUUGUUCCGAGACGAGACCUGAUCCCACCGAGAGAUAGAGAGAGAGGUACCGCAGCCCCGGAGCCUCCACCUCCUUAACCACCUUAACCGUGGAUAUAAUGGGUCGGUGGUGUCCUCCAGCCCGGGCACGGUCCCUGCCCGCCCCCAGCCCCGGCUCCGGCCCCCGCAGGCCCGCCACCGUCUCCCGGAGACACUUGGACGGUAUUUCCUGGGGUCGGUUCGGCGGCGCUGGUCCGUGUGCUUAAUCGAGGUUAUACCUUUUUUAAGCACUUCUAAGCGAAGAGAACAUGUUUAGGAACGUGAACGGCGACGGACGUUUAUCUGCGAGGACGGGGGGGUCGCCGUCCUCCUCCUCCCCUGCGGCCGGGCCCGGGGUGGCCUCGGCCGGCGUGGGCGCUCAGGAAAGCUCGUGGAUCGGCCUGGUGUCCAGGCCCGCCCUGGCGCUGCUGCAGAAGCUGGUGCCGGGCCGGCUACGGGGCUCCCCGCUCAGCGACGCAGGGGCCGGCUGGUUCUCAGGGGAGUUCAGGAGCAGUUUAAUACCUGAGGAGAGCGAUAUUCUCAGACAGCUGGACGACUGGAUGCCGCCUCACCUGGGCUACCUGCCGUGUGAGCGCGCAGAGGCGGCGGGCGCGCUCCCGCGGCCCCGGGAGCGCGCCCGCCACCUCGGCGGCUGGUUCCCCACCGAGUCGCUUCUCCUGAACAACCAGGCUCUGGUCCUCUCCAGCUCCCAGAGAGGGCUGCUGUCCAAGCUGUCCUGCCCCGAGGGGGGGCAGAUUUAUCCAGAAACAACAGCUGUUUUUGUCCACGGGGGGUGGAAGUUGGGAGAAAACUCUGGUGGACCCCCAUCCCUGCACAAACAGAUCCCCAAAGGAGGCCCCACGGUAGUCCACGGUGACACAGAGGUGUCUACGGAUCCUCAGAAAGCUGACAGUCUGGAGGAGAAACCCCCCCAGAGGACAGGCGAUCAUCACCUGGAGACCCCCCCCAGGAGGGGGGAGGAAUCCCCGCCAAGGCCAGAUGCCGACACACCUGAGACGGAGGCUAGUGGGGCGAGUGGGGAGGUAGAGGAGGCGGCGGCCCCCAGCUGUCAGAACAAAGCCAUCGCCUUCAUCAUGGGGUGUCCCUGCAGCGACGACAGCCAAUCAGAGUGCAGCGACGACGAUGGAGGCGAUGGCGACGAUGGCUUCGACAGCGACGGCUCAUCGAACUUGACUCUCUCCUCAGAUGAGGACGAGGAGGAGGAGUCGGAUUCGGAAGAUGAGGGAGAGGAAGAAGCGGACGGGGAUUCGGAGCGUCUCUGGAGCUCCCUGUGUCGCUCCGUCGACCCCUACAACCCACAGAACUUCACCGCCUCCCAGCACACGGGUGGCGGCGGCGGCGUCCUCGCUUCUACGCCUCCUUCCUCGGCCCAGUCCAGCCCUGCGACCUCUCCCCCGUGCUCUUCUCAGGACUCCUGGGACGACUCGUCGUCCAGCAGCGAGGUGGACGAAGAAAGUGUCCGCCUGUGGAGCACGUUCAGCUGCUCCUCAGACCCUUAUAGCCCCUUCAACUUCACCGCCCCCCUCAGGACUCAACGGCCCUGUCGCACAGGCCUAAAGCCCCCCCAGGUCCCCACUUUUCUAGCUGUGUCUCCACCCGACUACAGGAGGGACGAGGCCGAGGAGAGGCUGGACAGCGGCUUCUCUGAGCUCCCUUCCUGCAGCAGCCCCCCAACCACCAAACAGACCUGCGAAAGGAACAAGAAGGUACGUUUCUGUGACCAGGUGGAGGAGUUCUUUGCCAGCUGUGGGGAAGAAGAGGAGGACCGGCGGGGCCCGUGGGAGGAGCUGGCUCGGGAUCGCUUCCGCUUCCUGCGACGCUGCCAGGACGUAGAGCAGAGCAUCGCCUACUGUCUGCAGCCUCAGCACCGCCACCGGGUGUUUCAGCGCCUCACCAUCCUCCACAUACACAACACCUGAGCACGUCCAGAAACAUGAACUGAGAUGGACGGACGCUCUGAGACCAGCCGGACUCUACUGAGCCAAUUUGGUCCAUGUUUGGUUCUGGAUGAGUUUUAAAAACGGAGUGACUCAAGUUUUCCCGUUCAUAUUAAAAAGUUACCACGGAAAGAAUCUGAACAGUCGUCCAUUAGAGUUGCAGAGGAACCAGCGUUUGCAGGUCAACAGGUGUGCAGUCAGUGAUGUCAGUGUUUGUUGCUCUUGAAGCCAAAGACCCGCCAGUGUUGAAGAAGAGCAGUGAACCAAUGAGGUUCAGGGUCACUGUGGUGUUUGAGGAGCGUCCAGCAGGAUGCGCUCAGGCCACACCAGCAUACUGGAGGUGGUCUGGAGGUGUUUCCAGACCCUCUGAGGCCGUACAGGAACUAGAAAACCAGUCAGAGGGUCUUCCACAGGACCAAAACCAACCCAAGGCCCUCUGGCCGGUUUUCAACAAGGUAAAUUGACAAGAAGCGAUGCUCUGAUCAGAGUUCUUCAGUCCCUAUUUCCAUACGGAUUCCAAUCCAAUACUGAUUCGAUAUUAGAUACCAGUUCCAUAUUCGAUGCUCCACAUCGAGUUUGUAUUAAUGUGUAGUAUUGACUCGCCGUUGAUACAGAUCCGGUAUUCAGAUUUGUCAACCCAGAUGAUCCGCUGCUCAGUGUCGAUUCGAUGCAGAUUCACUUCUCAGUACUGACUCCGAGCUGGUUCUACGCCCACUACAAUACCAGACGUAGCUUUGAUACUCGGUACUGAUCUGAUGGUGAUCCAAUACUCCAUUGUCAAUUUGAUUCUUGAUAUGGACCCGAUGCUCCAUACUGUUCCAGUGCUGAUUCAAUACCUGAUGAUGAUUUGAUUCUUCAUGCAGAUUUCACAUUUGAUCCAGUCUUGAGUCUCCAUAUCAAAUCUAGAUCAAGGCUCCAUAUUGAUUCAGAUUUGUUACACAUACUGAUCUGAUAAUCAUUGCUGAUUUGGUGCCGAUCAAUGCUCCGUACCAAUACUAAUCUAAGACUCGCUGCCAAUUUGAUGCUCAACACUCAGUCAGUAUAGAUCCCAGUACUCCGUAGUAAUCGGAUACUUAUUCAGUAUUGGAUGCCCAUUUAAUUACCACUGGUAUGAAGGGGGUGCUGAAGGCAUCAGGCUUUACUUAAACAUUACUUUCUAAUUUCAUAAAUGAAAAACAUCCUAUUAACCCACAGAUAAAAAUGUAUUGGACUGUUUCUUUAUUUUAAAAUACAGCAGCCAGGGGAAAAACUGAACCCUUUGAAUUACCUGGUUUUCUGCAUACAUUUACCAAAAAUUGUGACCUUAUACAGGUGACGUAUUAAAGGAGACAUCAUUUUUAUUCCCCCAAAUGUUGCCAAUUUCCUGGGGUCUACUUAUUUAUUCUUCCCACAUGGGGACGUGUCUCUGCUUUGAACGUGUUUUCACAGCUCUGCUUAAGGUGGCAGGUUACAGGGGGCGGAGUCAGCCCCUAAUAUUGACUCCACCCCCUCUUGUAUGUGCAGCCUGCAUCUUUUGAAGUCACUGCUUCUGCUCUGAGCUCCCACCUCAGAGAAGCAGUAAAUGCACUGAGAUGUGAAGGGUGAGUAAAGCAAGGGAUGCUGGGUAAUUCUGUGAUCCGAAUCUGUGAUGUCACAGCCCUCAACCAAUAAAAUAAGCCUAUUCAGCAUAUUCUUUUAGCUGUGGGGUGAAACCAGAAAAGAUUUCUCCAGAAUCUUCAUCAACAACAGGGACCUGUGAUGGCGUCUGUCUCCAUGGACACAUCUUGGAUAAAGGAAGAUGAGCGCGUAUAGGCGAGGAAGUUUCUGAACUGGUAAUGGAAAAAAAAUAAUAAUUCAAGAGUGUUUUAAUCAGAAGAAACAUUUUAUUUUUGUAAACUCAUCGUUUGAUUGGUGCUCGUUCAUCCUGCUGCUUCAUCUCACAGAAUAACAAUCUAAUAAAUCAGUAUCUGAUGA